GACUUCUGUAGAGCAGCCAAAACGUUGGAAUAAAAGGCAAUCUUCCUUGUUUUGUGUUAAAGCUUAAUUAGUACUUGAGGUCUAUAAAAUCUCAUUAACUCUUACUUAAUUACAGGCUCCUUACGGAUGAAUGUGGACAUGAUAGGCUUUUGGAAGAUAUUACAUUAUAGUCUCUUGGUGUCGUUAAAAAGAAGCCAGAAAAAAGGCUAUACGGUUCUUAAAUGUGUCUUUUGUUCUUUUAUGGGCAAAGUGGGCCACACAAGCUGUCAAUCUGUAAAAAGAGCGCAUGAUGGAUCACUGAAUUCACUGCGCUGCUUUUGAGUCAGAGUCUGUCUGCAGGUUUCAUGUUGACGAGAGGCCGAAUAAAUGUAUGGUAAUACGCCUUUUGACCAAACUUAUAUUUAGAUACAUUCACAGCGAGUUUUAAAUGUCGACAUUUCCUUCUCAAACUUUAAAAUUAAGCUUAAUUUGUGCGCAACAGAAAAAUAACAUCAAUUUACACAGAAUAUAGGCCAUAAAAAAAGGUUAAGACAUUUAUAUGAAAAAUCAAUACCAGAGAAUUCAUUAUUUUGUAUUAUUACUUGUGUAUUCCUUAAGUGCCAUUCAGUUUUUGUUUAAAUUAGCAUUCUAUGUACCAAUUGACAUCCUCAAGAAAAUAGUAAUAAUGCAUGAUGCGUUUCAUUAUUCAUAUUAUUAUUACUAUGAUUACUGUAAUUUUCAGCUCCUCUAACGCCGCAGUCUGAAAAUGUAUCCUGAUGUUUGUGUUCUUAUCAGAUGGAUGAGCGAGUCUGAUUGAAGCAUUUGUCAUGUAAAUGCGAGCCGUUUGAUGGACGAGCCUGCAGACUUGACAGAGUGGUGUAGGUCCUUUGCCAUUGGCGUUUAGCAGGUCACAUGGUGUGUCAGGAAGGUGAUAUGAGGGUGGAAGGCACUUUUACAGCUUUGACAUACUACCUAGAAGGUUAGGGCAAAGGGAGCAGCGAUUAAUGACUGCUCAGUCUUGAUCAGUUGUGAACAAACAAUAGGCCCGAGUCCAGGAUGAACUCCUACUUAGACUACCCCGUGUGUAACAGGGGGGCUAAUAUUUUCAGUGCCAAGGCCGGAUAUCACAAUUUAAACCAUGGAUACAUCUCGUCCAACUCGUGCGCAACAAGUGAUAGUUACGCACCGGACGGGCGUUUAGUUGCUGCAACUUCUGCGCCACACCAGACCCCGAUCCUCCCUCUGCACCACCAGCCAGCACACGUCAACCUGGAUUUGCAGUUUGCAACACCGCCCGCGAACUCCAUGUAUGGGUCACCUCUGGAGUACGGACAUCACCAGUACGGCCUCGCGCCCGAGCAGGACCGGAGCUUCAUCCACCCGCAGGUUUCACCUCUCGGAACAAACAUGGCUCCCUACACCGGGGAUAGUUGUGGGCCUGGAGUUGUAACAGGCAGCCAGUAUCUACAUUUUGGAAACGGGGAUCAGAGACAGCAAGAAUAUCCAGAGAGUGUUUACACAAGGUUACCGGCCCAAAGUAAGGAGAAGGAUUCGGAGCAUAUGGAGGAAACUUCUAAAACAUUCGACUGGAUGAAAGUGAAGAGGAAUCCACCGAAAACAGCUGUCAUGUCGGAGUUCGGGGUUCCCGGUCAGCACAACGUGAUCCGCACUAACUUCACCACCAAGCAGCUGACCGAGCUGGAGAAAGAGUUCCACUUCAACAAAUACCUGACACGGCCACGAAGGGUGGAGGUCGCCGCCAGUCUGGAGCUCAACGAGACGCAGGUGAAAAUCUGGUUUCAAAACCGCAGGAUGAAGCAGAAGAAACGCGAGAAGCUGGGCUGCGUUUUGGUUAACGCUGCGGCACCUGUGGAGAAACUCUCCGGCCCUGACACCUCUCCAAAGGGAAAAGGGAAAGACUGUGAACCAUGAUGUGACAUUGAAAAAACAAAACAAUGACUGUAGGGCCUGAGCAGUUUUCCACUUCUCUCCCUCAGCCACACCAUUCCAGAAAAACUGUGAAAAAUGCAUGUGGAAGUAUACAGGGUAUGUCUGUGUCUGCUUAUAGUGCAAUGAUUAAUGCUGAAUUGGAUUCUGAGAAACUUUUAAAAUGUCUUUUCAUCCGUUCUUGUAUUUGUAACCUUAUCAUAAGUCCAUGCUAUGUUUUGUGUUGGGGCACUGAACUACUCAGUCUUUGUUUGCACUAUUUAUUUACAGGGUAUUUUUUUCCAACAACUGUUGAAAUGUUUUAGCUUAACAAAGUUUAUAAAAUAAAAUAAAAAGUGGUGGUAUUCACUUUUAAUUAAUGUAAAAAGACUGU